GCGGGCCCGGGGCGGAGCAGGCCCCGGAUGCAGUCGGCCCCGCGGCGCGGCCCCAGUUCCUGCCCGUGCCCUCCGCCUGCCGGGGCCCGCUCGCCCUUCGCAGCGCGGCCGCGCCAUGUCGCUGGUGGCGGAGGUCUUCAUGAACCAGCUGGCCGCCGCAGAGCCUUGGCCUGAAAACGCUGCAUUGUAUCAGCAACUGAAGGAGGAUCAAAUUUUGCUUUCUGAUAAUGCAUCUUCCCUUGCUGUUCAGGCCUUUUUGCAAAUGUGCAACCUGCCGGUCCGGGUGGUUUGCAGGGCAAAUGCUGAGUACAUGUCCCCAUCUGGCAAAGUGCCCUUUAUUCACGUGGGAAAUCAAGUAGUAUCUGAACUCGGGCCCAUAGUCCAGUUUGUAAAAGCUAAGGGCCAUUCUCUCAGUGAUGGGUUGGAUGAAGUCCAAAAAGCUGAGAUGAAAGCCUACAUGGAAUUAGUCAAUAAUAUGCUCUUGACAGCGGAGCUGUAUCUCCAAUGGUGUGAUGAUGUUACAGUAGAGGAGAUUACCCACCCAAGGUAUGGCUCCCCAUACCCGUGGCCUCUUAACCGCAUUUUGGCCUAUCAGAAGCAGUGGGAGAUAAGGCGGAAGAUGAAAGCCAUUGGGUGGGCUGGCAAGUCGCUUGAGCAGGUGCUUGAAGAUGUAGAUCAGUGUUGUCAGGCUCUCUCCCAGAGAUUAGGAACACAACCAUAUUUCUUCAAUAAGCAACCAACUGAAUUAGAUGCUCUGGUAUUUGGACAUCUGUUCACAAUCCUCACUACUCAACUAACCACUGAUGAACUUUCUGAAAAAGUGAAAAACUAUGGUAAUCUCACAGCCUUUUGUAGGCGAAUAGAACAGCAGUACUUUGAAGGUCAUGAUAAGGACAACUCUGGAACUGCUGCAGCCAGAUCUGCUAAGAGGUCCUUACUGAGAUAAGAAAGUUGUUUGGUUGGAGUGGAUUGCAUUUGUUUUUGUUGUUGUUUAAUGAAUGGGUUUGCAAAUGGAAAUGUGUGUUAGUUUUUGAAGCUGCCAAAUCAUUCUGGAUCAAGAAAAACUCUAAAUAUAAUUUUUGUGUUGUAGAACAUACUGUGCACAUUUAACCUGAGAUGACUGUAUGGGCACUUCCAUUUUACUUCCAUAUUAAUUGGCUGUAUGCCACUUACUCUAAAGUGACCUUGGAAAAACGUUGUAUCUGUAUUUAAAAAAAAAAUAAAAUAUUUUAAAAAGUU